AGCACGCAAGUAGUAGUAGUGUUGGGUGCCAUUGUGCAAGCAACUCUGUCGAGUAUACCUGCGUCUGUAUUUGCGCGUAAGACAAUUAUUAUAACAAAGUAACGAAGGAUAUUUAUUUAAGAAGAAACAACGAACAACGUAUGGAGAAAGAAGACAAGUUUUAUCGCAGAUGCAGUUUUGAUAAUUUCAUAAUAACCAAACAUACUUAUAAAAGCAAGAAAUACAUCUUCGUCGAUUGUGUUGUACGCAAUACACACGUGUGUUGCCUCGAGCUCGAUAGCUAUACUAUACAUAUACACAAUGCGAUGUGAUCGCCGAUGAUACGCAACGAAAUCAUAAAGAAAUUCUUUCGCGCGUCAGCGAACACUGAACGAGCAUUCGGAAAGAAGGCAACGACUCUUGAGAAAGAGAACACCUAAUCCAACGGUACAACCUGUUAGUCGUUUCUAGACUCGACUUUUAAAAUCAACAUAGUAAUGGACCACCCACUUAACACACGAACUUUGAAUAUCUAAGGGGAUCUUUAGAAAAAGAAAGACCAACUUUUAAGGGACAAGUUUUGGAAGAAAGAAAUUUUACCGGACAACUUUUAGGAACAAAAAAAAAUACAAAUGUUGUUGAGGGAUUCAAUAGAUCUAUAAAUAGAAAGGAAGAUAAACAUUCCUAACAAGAGGGACGGAAAAGGAAUAAAGGAAAAAGAAAAACCCUAAAAAGGAGAAUAGUCGAAGGAAACGAAAAUGAAUUUAAUAGGACCUUUUGGUUUUGCGGCAAUAAUAUUGUCCCUUGUGGUCAUCCUAGGCGAUAUACCUACGAUAUCGUCACAAGAGCAUGGCAUUCUUAUACCUGCUGACGAAUGCGAUUGGAUCGGAAGUGGUGGAGGUGGCCGGGGAGUACGACCCGUUUAUCUUCGAUGUACAAGAGGGACUGUUUUAUGGCAUUAUCCUCGAGGAGCCUUGAGGAUAGUUUUAUCAGUGGGUGCUGCAACGAGUAACUCAGCGAUUGGAUCUCGAUCUGGUAUUAAAAGUGUUUCAUUGGCAAAUGAAAAGAAGGUUAAUGAAAUUGGGCCCAAAUCGAAUUCCGGAUCAAGCGGUUUUCGCGUUUGCGUUAAGGCUUCAGGUCCAAUAAGGAUAUAUUUGGAAAGCAACGGUACGCUGAGGGCAGUUUACUCGCCGCGAGAUGGAAAGAACGAAGCGUCUCAUCGUUGCUUUUAUGCCAAAAAACAACGUACAGCUCUCUUCGUCGAGGCAGACGAAUUAACCAUGAAUAAUAAUCGUGCAAAAUUACAAUACGACGUGGAACCGUUUGUUGUUAAUCAUCGCACGCCGAAUGAAUCCGACGAGGAGGCUGAAUGUAGACCUUGUUCAAUGAAGGAACUCGCUGAGGCUUAUUGUCAGAGCGAUUUUGUUGCUAGAGGUACCGUCACUUCUGUCCAAAGGAGACCUGAGCUUGAAGCUUCUGAAUUAAUCUUUAGGAUAACGAAAAUUCUUCACAAAGUCGAGGAAUCUGAGACCAACGAGGUAUUCUCCAUUCUUCCAAAUUCUCAUCUCGAAAAAAACAUCCGUAUAAGAGUAUCUUCUGCUUGUGACGCUCGACAUGGCCAGGGAGAAUUUGUAAUAAUGGCACGUAGAAGACUCGACGAUCUCAUUCUUGUUUGUGCACCAAGACUAGAAACUUGGGCGGAAGUCGUGCGUGAAUGGAUCACUGCACCGUGUCUGCUAAAAAGCUAGCGAUUAAGAGACUAUUAACAUGCUCUCAUCAACUUCUUCUUAUCAUUGCAAUUAUAUGUAUAAAGCCUAUAUUCCAUUAUUAGAUAUCAGAAUCGUCCCGAACUUUCAAAAAGUAGUUUAAGUAAGCACAGUGCUGAUAUUAUAUAUUCAUGAUGUAGGUAACAAAAACAUAAUAAGAGAUAAACUGCAUAUCAUUCGAUAAUGUAAACAUCAUAUAGAAUAUCACAAUUUAUCAUAGAGAUUAUUUAUAUUUUUUGAUAAGUAUGUGCUUACUUACUACCGAGUUCAUUUUCAAAGAUAUAUUGAAAAGGAUUAACAAUCUUUAUCUGUAUCUAUAUAUAAGAUAUAUAUUUUUAUCUAUAUAUAUAGAAUAUAUUUUAUACGAUGUACAUGGCUUACAAGAGUAAGUGUACUUCGUGCGCAAGAUCUCUAAACUGUGAUAUUAUUCUUUUAUAGAAUGAAGAAUAACGUGACGUAUAUAUUAUCUUAAUCAAUAAAUUUUUACUAAACUAGCCUGUUUGUCAUCUUUAACGUCGUACGUAAUAGAAGAGCAAAAAGAGAGAAACAUACUCUCUCGCUUUUGUAUACGCGAAGAAACUUUAUUUUCCUUAACGUGAGAACUUCCGCUGCGUAGUUAUGAUCACUUUUCAUAUAUAUUCGCUUUGAUAAUCAUUUACGGUUCAUUUAUUAUUUUUCUUUUUUUUCUUUUGCAUUACAUAUGAUAUCGUUAUAGCUUUUAACUUAACACAAUCGACAGACAGAUCUUUAAUUGCAUUAUUUCGUAAUAAGGAACUAAUACAAAUUAGAAGUAAAUUACAAAGGUGAAAUCGCCACAAAAAGACGUUAUUAUUGUCUUAAAAUGUAUAUACAUCUACAUACGAAUAAUAACGUCAAAAAAAUCGUGCACAAA